AUGGGAAUCGACGCUAAAACUUCAAAAAUUUUAUCUCAAACAUAUUUUAUUGUAUCUGGUUGUUUUAUACUCUUUGGUCUUGGAUUGUUUGGAAACACAUUUGUCCAUAUUGGUAUUAGUUGGUUGCUUUCUUUAGUUGGAACUAUCACAGGGCUUUUUAUGUUUUGCACUGAAUCUCCAAAGUUAAAAGCAUAUUUCAUUUCUAUUGGUGCUCUUGGACUCGGAUUUGGUGCUGGUGCAUAUUGUACUUAUCGUGGACUUGACAAUAGUGAAAUCACUUUUUGUGCUCUUGCUACUGCUCUUACUUUUGUGUCUGCUACAUUAGCUUCUCUUGUCACAAGAGAAUUAACAUUGUUAUAUAUUUCUGUAGCCACCCUCUUUUUAUUUGCAUAUAUUCCUUUAUCUAUCUAUUACAUAUUUUCUUGGGGAUUUACUUCUCUUUAUCUUCUUCUUUCACUUGGGUUAGUCAUAUCAGUCAUUUGUCUAAUGAUAGAUACUCAUAAAAUUAUUUUGUCAAUUGAAGGAGGAGUUAUUGAUCCAUUCAUUCUUUCUUGGAUUCUCUUUGAAGACGUUUAUGACUUAUUCAUGAACAUCGCUAAAGUCAUGAUCGUUAACAAGAAAAAGGAUGAUGAUUAA